GUGUUAUAAGCUUACGGUGUUUGCUGCGAAGUUUGGUUUGGUUAUCAGAGUUGGAUUUUUUGAUGGGGAAGAAGAGAAAACACAGUGAGACCGCUAUCGCCGUAGCACCGGCGAAGAAGAAGGACGAAGCGGCUCCAGAGAGACCCCAAAGAACGCUUUUUGGGUGGAAGGACGAGAAGCACAAGAAUGAACAACUUGAAGAAGAAGAACAAGAAGCAGCAACUCAUUCCACACCUCUCUUUAGGAACAAAGAGAAGGUUCUAGUUACCUGUUCCCGCCGCAUUAAUUUCAGAUAUCGGCAUUUAAUGUUGAAUAUUGUGUCGCUUUUGCCGCAUUGUAAGAAGGAUAACAAGGUCGAGUCUGCUGAGAGUAAAGGGGCCACUCUAAAUGAGCUUGUGGAGCUUAGAAGUUGUUCGUCCUCUCUGUUUUUCGAGUGCAGGAAACAUAAAGAUCUUUACCUAUGGAUGGCAAAAUGUCCCAAUGGCCCAUCUGUUAAAUUUUUAGUUAAUGCUGUGCACACUAUGGAGGAAUUGAAGCUUACUGGAAAUCACCUAAAAGGUUCGCGACCUAUCUUGACGUUUUCAUCCAAUUUUGAUAGCAAUGCUCACUGGAAACUUUUGAAGGAGAUGCUCAUUCAGAUAUUUGGAACUCCGAAGCUGCACAGAAAAGCUAAGCCUUUUCAUGAUCAUGUCUUUGUUUUCUCCAUUGUUGAUGAUCAUAUAUGGUUCCGGAACUAUCAGACAUCAGUUCCUCAUAAUGAAUCAGAUAAAAUUGCUCGAGGUGGUCUAGAUAACAUGACCCUUGUUGAGGUUGGUCCACGGUUUUGUUUGAAUCCUAUCAAAAUAUUUGGCGGCAGUUUUGGAGGCCCAACACUCUAUGAGAAUCCCUUUUACGUAUCACCAAACCAGAUUCGGGCGCUUGAGAAACGGCAAAAGGCUGGGAAGUAUGCCAAGAAAGUCAAAGCAAAGACUAGGAGGAAGAUGCAUGAGCUGUCAAACCCAUUGGAGCCUGAUGAAUUUGCUGAUAUGUGGAAGGAAUGAUCUUUUUUCAUCCUCUUCCGGUAGUACAGAAAUGGAGUCUAGAACUCCUGUUUUAUUGAGCUCUGGAAAUGACAGAUUUUGGUUAAUUGCUGGUGUCCUUCCAAAUAUUAAAUUUUGUUACCGAGUUUAUUAGUUUUAUAUAUACAAGUUGGAAUUUAUUUUAACAAA